UGUGGGCGGAGCCUCUCGCGUCAGAGGGUCUGUGUUGUUGUUGUGUUCUUUGUGCACAAACAGGUGAAGGUUGACGGUCUGUUACGUGACGCCGCGCCUGUCUCUGUGACAGCUGCUACGCCCCGAGGACACUGCACGCGCUCUGCUGUCAGAGGGGGCGGGGGGCUCUAUACAAGCUGCCGGACUCCGGACCCGCCCGCAGCUCACAGGCCGCCUGGCUGCCGGGCACCCAUGUCCCGCUCACCCCCUCAGAUCCACGCCGGCGGAGAGCCCACGGAGAACGGAAUGAAGCAGGAGGAGGAGGAGGGGGCGGAUGAGGAAGACCUGGACGACGAGCUGGACGCGUCUCAGCUGGAGAGGUUCAUUCGGGACCGGAGGAGAGCCAAGUCCCUGCCGGCGUACCCGGCGCUGCUGAACGGUCCCCACGGAGCGGAGGAGGGCAGGAAGCGCGUGAAGUUCGCGGACUCCAUGGGGCUGAGCCUGGCCCGAGUGAAGCACUUCAGCUCCCUGGAUGAGCCGCAGAUCCCCAGCAAGGUCCUGUCCCGGCACAGGAGCUUCCCCCUGGAGCAGCAGGACCUCCUGAGCGGCCUAUGCCACAGCUUCGCCGCCAGCCUGCGCGCGGACCUCGCGUGCCUCCCGGAGCUCCGGGACACGGAGCGGAGAGUCCGGCGGCUCCGGGUCUGCCUAGAGAGGCUCGCCGCGACGCAUCUGGACGUGCGCGGGCACGUGCGGGUCUUGAGCGGCUGCGCCGGCAAGGAGGUCGGAGUGAGGUACACCUUCAACGAGUGGCUGUCCCACGUGGACGCGCAAGCGGUGCCCGUGGCUGCGAACGAGCCGGGUUUGGUGGGGGAGCGCUUCGCCUUCACCGUGUACACCCCGCCUCUCGCAGACCCCGGCUCCGCCGUGCACCUCGCCGUUUACCUGAAGUGCGAGGAGGGGGAGUUCUGGGACAACAACGAGGGGCAGAACUACACCGUCAGGUACCGCUGCGUGCCCGGCCACGCGCCCUUUGUCAGCGCCGCCUUCCACGCCACCUGAGCCGUGCAUAAACAUCUCCAUCUCUGCGUCAAACCUCUCCACCCCUGCGUAAACCAGCUGCUGUGCACCUGUCUCUCUCAGAUCAGUGAACCUGAGUUAGUCUCAGGCUGCAGGCCCAGCACGCCUCACCUCCCUGUUUCCUUGAUUUGAAACCUUUAGUGCCUUUUUUCAAACCGACCUCUGACACUGAGCCUUUGAUGUGUUUAGAGGCCCGCAGUACAACUCAGAGACAGUUCCAGAUGUUUCUCUGAAGCAGACGGACUCUCUGUCCCAGAGGACGCUUUAAACUGCUGACAGUUUUUACAGGUAACCAACUAUCUGCGUCUCACAUCCGCUCUUGGACUCCAGCUCUUGAUUAGAAUAAUAGAUGGAUUAACUGCUGAGUACAUUUUCUGUCGUGGGCUUGGUGUGACAUCACAGAUCAGUGUAAUGAAACUGUUUGAUUUUUGUGACCUGAUUAAAAAUGAAGUUAAGCUGCUCAUGUUCACAAUGUCCAGUUUUGUAUUUUAACUUGAUUGAAACGAUCUGAUUGCUCUCUGCUGAUCAAUAAUGUCUCCUGGAUGAGUUUUAAAUAAAGUUUUUAAGCUUUAUAUGCAGAGCUCAGAGGUUUCCUCUCAGUGUUGUUGACCCUGAGGUCAAAGUGGAUGCUGCUGCUGCUGCUCAGUGCUUUCAUGGUCAGUGCCAAACUUUGACUUCCUGCUUCUGUGUGAAUGUUUCUGAAUAAAGUUUUCCAUGUUU